AUGGCGCCUUCGCUCAAUGCACACUCGUCCUUUACCCGGCCCCGGACCGGCGACCGCGAUGGGCGACCUACCACCCGUGAUCAGGGCGACACCAGCCUAAUCAUUCCGAGCCGCACUUCUUCCCUCCACUCGCGCAUCACCCAGCCGAUCCCCUCCACCUUGAACGCGAAACCCCAGCAGCGCACCCCCAAGACCCUUACUCACGCCUACAUGGUCUGCGGUGUUGGCAGAGAACCUUCGCAAUGGGUCAAGGCUCCCGCGCCCGCACAGGGCAAGAUUGGUCACAUGAAGGGUGCUGUUGGCCAAUUCUGGCUUCCUGAGAUCCUCGGCAGCAGUCCCAGACUGGAGCAGGACAACGAGAUCGCCAGGUCGUUGCAUGCUGCUAUGCGGGCUUGCUUUCCCCACGACGUUGAGAUCUGCACUGGCCGCAGCCAGCCUCAUUGCGUCCAUCAUGCUUUCGUUUUGCAGCAGGAUUCGUCCCACACGCUGUACGGCAUCUGCCUCCGCGUGUGGUCGCGAGCCGACGAGAAGAGGGCCGAGACCAUUCGCGAUCUGCGCAAGAGAACCGAGCCCGAUUACUAUGACAACCCCGACGAGACGUACUGGAUUCCUUACUGCUUGUCGUUUUUGUCUCGGUACCCGCUUUACAACCUUCUCGGAGACUACUUGCGAGGAAUGUGGAUCCACUGGAACAAGGCGACCAACCUGUUUCACGCCGAGGAGGUCUCGCGCAUCCUCAGCUUCCCGGCUCCGAGACUCAACGACCUGGUUCGCAUUGACAUGAAGGACUAUGCUCUCUGCUACCAGUUCCCCUCGUCGCCGACCGGCUUUCAGAACUUUGCCAUGUGGCCAUUGUUCUGCUGUCUGUCCAUCCCCAACAUCGUCGGUGUCAUCGAGGCCGCUAUCUCGCCGACCCGCCGCAUCAUCUUUGUCAGUCACUACCCGGCCAUGCUCACAAUGGCUGCCGAGACUGUCCGGUAUUGCGUUCGCGUCUACGAGUGGAGUGGUCUCUACGUCCCUGUCGUGCAUGCUCGCCACGCCAAGGAUCUGGUCCAGGAGCCUGGCCCUUACAUCCUCGGUGUCACCGCCGAGUGCCGUUCUCUCUUCACUGCGCCAACCGACGCUCUAGUUGUCGACCUCGACCGCAACUUCGUGCUCACCUCGAGCCCUCCCACCGCCCUGAACCCCAGCCAGCGCAACAAGUUCGUCACUCGCCUCACUCAGUCUCUCAACGGCGAUGUCACGCCUUCCGGCGUCCCCCCUCAUCUUCGGUCUGCCUACGGCGGUGGCAAGCUCGUCCCCGCUGGUCAGAUUAUCGUCAUGCGUGGUGAAGUCGAGUCCAUCCAGGACCCCGAGUGGUGGAGCCAGGACUCCGUCAUGGCCGUCAUGGACCACGUCUGCGAGAAGAUGGGCCGCAACACUGGCAUCAAGGCCGUCUUUGGCGGCUCCGUCAAGAAGCCCCUGAUGACCAAGGUCUCGAUGAGACACCUCAACGAGAUUGUCCGCGAGAGGAAUCAGUACUCCCGUGACGCACUCGAAGCCUGGCAAGAUUUCAUCAACCUCAAGGGCCGCAUGGACACCGAGCUCAACAAGGUCACCAAGCGCAACAACUACCUCAACGAGGAGCUCGAGAGCUGGAAGCAGCAGUUCCUCAAGUUCCAGGCGUUCGCUGAGCAGCUCACCAAGGAGACCCAGGACCUCAAGGCCAAGAUCGAGACGCACAAGAGGGAGAACAGACGUCUCGCAUCCCUCAUCGACCAGCAGAAGGACGACAACGGUCGCCUCAACGUCCGUCUCGGUGCCACCGAGAAGCAGCGUGACGACGCCCUCGAGGCCCUCGUUCUCCAGCAGGAGAUCGCCGAGGAGCUCGAGCGCGAGCGUAAGCGCAACAAGAAGGAGCUUGCUGCUCUUCAGCACACCAACGUCACCAUCCUUAGACAGCGUGACGAGGCUCGCCGCGUUGUGCUGCAUCUUCGCAGCUUGAUCGGCGGACAGAGCCACCACAUGGAGCACCUGGUCCAGUCCCUGACCAAGCCUGAUGACCUGGAGCGUGAGAUCGAGGAGGGCUUUGAGCCCGAGGUCGGCGAGGACGGCGUGGCGCCCAGGGAUGCCGAUGCCAACCAGGCUCGUCUCCUCUCCGCCGCCGCCGAGGCAAACAAGAGACUCUCUAGCUCGAGUUUCAAGGACGUGGCCGACCGCCACCUCAAGGACAAGACGGAUGCCAUCGCGCACAUUAUCCGCAACAUUGCCGAGCAAUGCCAGGCCGCCGUUGAGGGCCUGCAGCUGGCCCAGGAUGCCGACUUUGAUGAGCGCGCUGCCAGUGCCGCCAGACUCCGCGCUCAGCGCCGUCGCAGCAACCUGUCCGCUACCCACAGCGAUGACGGUCACGAGACCCAGUCGAACGCGACGUCCGACAUGGGCGACGACAGCCUCCUCCACCCCGCCCAUGGUCGGAUAUCCAGCAUCCCCCCUACCCCGGACCUGGUCCCCAACCGGAGCAGCACGGCGAUGUCUUUCGCCUCCAGCGCUGCGACCCCUGAGCGGUCAAGUCAGCAGUACAUGAUCCACCAGGACAUCCCCACCAAGAUCGUCGAGGACGAGGAGGACUUCGAGGAGGACCGCAGCGAGUCCGAGGCGAUGCCUCAGCAGUCUGUCGGCAAGCACACCGACAGCCUCAUCCACCGCCCGUCCGGCGCCCGAAUCAGCGCCCUGGGCGGCUCCCGCUAA